AUGAAGAAAGCAGAUAAGGAAUAUGUGGUAAGUGAGUUAAUGAAGAAGGCAAAUUUGGUUUAUGUUGAUGAAAAAGAUAAUGAAAUUAAAGAAAAGGUUGAAUGGUAUCAUGAAUGGACAUUUGAGACUUUUAAAGUUAAAGCUGAUACAGAAUGGGUUUCAGGAUGUUUAGACCUUAAAGCAGAUAAAACUUAUGUUAACGAUGAGUUAGAGAAGAAAGCAGAUAAGGAAAAAGUUAUUUCAUUCAUUAAUACUGAGUUAAUGAAGAAAGCUAAUAUAUCAUUUGUUAAUGAAGAAAUAAAACAAUCAGAGGUCUAUUUUACUCCACCAUUUUUAAAUUUUAUGAAAUCAUCAGAUAAAACCUUUGAUAUAGAUUCUUUUGAAUGGAUAUGUUUCGAUGGAGUGACCAUGUAUUUAUUUUAUACAGCUGGAGUGCUUUAUUAUUUUAAAACAAAUGAUUUUAAAAACUAUGAAUCAUUUACUCCAUCUGUUUUGAAUCCUGAUACACGAAAGCCAAUCAUUAAUCCAAGAAUUUUAUAUGUUGAAUAUAAUAACGGUAAAUUUAUGGGAAUGAUAACGGUUGGAGAUGAUUUUUGCCCUUGUUAUUCAUUCGAUUGUAUCCAAUGGUUCAAAUGUAAUUUAAAUCAAGAUGCUAAAUUUAAAUAUUCAAAUAAUCCUAUUAGAUGCGUUAAUAAUAAAUGGGUACUAAUUUAUGAAGUCAAUCAAAUUUUCAUUAGUGAGGAUGGGAUAAAUUAUUAUAUGUUUAGUAUGAUGUCAUCAGAUUUGAAAAUUGAUUAUACAAGUAAGUGGUAUUACAUUAACAACAUGUAUUUUAUCCUACAAAAUGAUAAAAUUUAUAGAUCAUCUUCAAUACCACAAGGUCAAUUUGAACAAAUUUUUCAAGCUGAUGGAGACAUUGAAGCUUUAUGUUAUGGAUCAAAUGUUUAUGUUCUCGUUUCAGGUGAAAUGGUCUAUUCAUAUCCUGUAA